CAAACAAGGACCAGACCACAUGAACUGUUUCUUUUCUGUUUGUGGAAUGUUUUAGAGGAUUUCCUCGUUCUUGACGAACUGGAUAUUUUGGUGAAGGAUGAAGCGCUGAUUUGUCCGAAGAAUGGAUCACUUGUCUCUUGAUGACAAGAAAUUGUCCCUGGAGGACAAGCAGUUGCUGGAGUCCAUCACGUUGUUCUCACGUCCUGGCGAGAUCAAAACCGCAGAGGAGGCCCAGAGGACGACGUUACUUAUCCAGGAACACAUCACACGGUUUACGGAGGAAUUGCAGCGCCUUGAACUGCCACGCAAUGAGGUCGACUUCCGUAUCAAGGAGGAGAAGAUCCGCGUGGCCAAGGAGAGGCUUGAAAAGGCUAAAGUUGCACAGCGAGAAGUCACGAUCCACUGGGGUGGUGAGAAAGCAGUAGCAGGAUCGUCGAACCAGCUGGAGAUGGAAGGCACCACGGAUGUCAUUAUCGACACGACGCUCGAUGCGUGGACCGUGUGUCGCCACGUGGCCUGCAAAAACAAUCUGGACCCGGAACUGCCAUGGUCUCUGAUCGUGUUUGACAGCGAGAAUCAUAUCAUGAGAACAGUUGAGGAUAAUGAAAUUAUCUACGAGCUGAUAGAAUACUGGAAAGCACGUGGAAUCACAACGCGCCGUCUUUACUUCAGACUCGAGGAUAAAAAGUACCACCUGUUUGAAAGUCCGGCCUCCUACUUCAGCGAGCUGUCCGAGGGAAACUCGGGCAUAAAGAAGCAGAGGCUACGGCGUCUUCUCAUCCAGUUGUCGUUUCUCACCUCGUACUACAGAACCACACCUUCCACGUCGCCCACUAUGGAAGCCGAUGCUCACAUUCGAGUAGGGUCGAAGAAAUGGAAGAAGGUGAAGUGCUUCCUCAGAGCCGACGGCAUCUACUACGAAAAGCCGAAGGAAAGGGAGCCAGUUUGUUACGUCAGCUUUGCGUUGUGCAAGGUAUUUGAAACAACCGAGUUCGACAGUGCGUACAAGGCGCCAGGCUUGGCGGUGGUGGCCGUCGAAGACCCAGCGAGCACUGAGGACUACGUCAAGGCAGUGUGCCUGGAGAAUCGCUUUCUGUAUGUGUCUUGGUACAGCGCCAUUCGCAUGGCACGGCAUUCUAACCAGCUACUGGUCAAUUACAACAUGCACUGUAUGAAAACAGAGCAGCUUCUGUACAUCAAGCGCGUGGCACCGGAAUAUCUCUCAAAGGCCCGCCGUCGGUCGACCACUGUUCUCGACCUCAACAGCAGAGGUGCCAGCAUCAAGAUCGACCUGCAGCGAGGCGCUGACUUCCAUUUGGACUGGUCGCAUCGUGAGCAGGACUGGUUCCACGGUAAGAUCUCGCGAGACGAGCAGCAGAAGUGCUUUGAGCAGCUGGGCGGCAGCGACGGCCUCUUUCUGGUGCGCGAGAGCUCGUCCGCCGGUGACCAGUGUGUGCUCGUGAUCUGCUACAAGGGAAACAUCCUCAACUUCCUGAUCUCGGAGUCCGACGACGGGUACAUUGUCGGCGAAAGCGAGCCGCGGCCGACGCUGCAACAACUUUUGGACGAGCUGAAGAAGAAAUGCUGGGGCUUGCCGUGCUGUCUCACCGAACAUGUGCCCAGGGUGCUGGCGCGUGUGCUCCUGCGCGCUCUUGCCACGUAUCAGGCUGCCUCUGAUGCUGCUGGAGACGAAAUCGACCUCAAUGAUGACUAGUGGGUAUGCUUUGAAGGUAUGUCCUGGACCAGCCUUGAACCUAGUGACUGUUUGUCACGUUUACUCUUUCACAUAGUAUUUAUUUUAUUUACCAUCGGAUGCCUCAACAGUGAUAUACACAACUCA